CAAUAAAAAUAGCCUACUCAGUGACAUCCUAGGCUUGGGUCUCACGCUUUCUGUGGCCGCUGAGUCGAACAUCGAGCGGUAAUCAUGCUGAAGAAGGCGCUGCUGUUUGGGCUCCUGGGGGCCGGCGUCUUCACCGUGGGAAUCCUGCUGGGUCACUUCGCCAUCGAAAAGAGUGGACCCCCUGCCCCGGAAUGGCUGGACGAUGUCUCCCGGGAUGUCAACGAGGGCCUAAUUGAGCGCUUCAUUAAGGAGGUGGACAACAUUCAGAUCCAGGAGAACCUCAGGGUGCUGACUAGUGUCCCCCACAUGGCAACCACGGAGGGGGACGAAAAGACGGUCCAGUUCAUGCUAAAGAGGUGGAGGGACCCGGACAGUGGACUAGACGACGCCUGGAGGGAGGAAUACAUGGUGUACCUGUCCUUCCCCAACUCAACAUCUCCCAAUAAAGUCACUGUGGUUUCCCCCUCUGACACGGUCCUGUUCACCGCGAGAGAGAAGGAGCUGGCAUACGAACCAGCCCAGAACGACCCUGAUGUGGUUCAACCGUACGCAGCAUACUCUCCCGCCGGGCAUCCAAAGGGAAAACUUGUAUACGCCAACCAGGGCAAAGUCAGUGACUAUGAAUACCUGAACACGACCAUGAAGGUUGAUCUGACAGGGACCAUUGCUAUAGUGAGAUAUGGAGGAGCAGGAAGAGCAGACAAAGCGAUCAAUGCCUUUCCAUUCGGCGUGAUCGGAGUGCUGGUCUACACCGACCCCUUGGACAUAAACGACGGCCGGAUGUCUGACGUAAAUGAGACCUACCCCCACUCCUGGUACAUGCCCCCCUCAGGAGUGGAGAGAGGGUCAUUCACCAGCCAAUUCGGUGACAUGAGGACCCCCUACCUGGCUGCCAAAGAGCACACAUACAGAAUUCCAGAAGCUGACAUAAGAGGGAUCCCGCCCAUUCCUAUCCAACCAAUCGGGUUUGAGGAUGCCUAUGCCCUUAUCUGUGAGCUGGGUGGGCAGGCAGCCCCAGCUGAUUGGCGUGGUGCCUUCAACUGCUCGUAUAACAUUGGAGGACCGGGAUUCAAAUCCAUAUCCUCAUACAACAACAGCGAUGUGAAGCUGGAUAUUUACAACAAGGGCGAGCUGAGGAACUCCUCCAAUGUGAUGGGGGUGAUCCGAGGCAGCGUGGAGCCUGACAGGUACAUUAUUUACGGGAACCACAGAGACAGUUGGGUGCAUGGCGCCAUCGACCCCAGCAGCGGAACGUCUGUCAUGCUGGAGAUCACCAGGGUGCUGGGUCGGAUGGUGAAGAAAGGGGAGUGGAGGCCACGUAGAUCCAUUAUCUUCGGCAGCUGGGGGGCAGAAGAGUUCGGACUGAUCGGCUCCACCGAAUACACCGAGGAAUACUACAGCAAACUGAGGGACCGCACAGUCGCCUAUAUCAAUGUGGACAUCUCCGUGUUUGCCAAUGCAACCCUGAGGGUACAAGGAUCGCCCAAUGUCCAGAGCGUGGUUUUCACUGCCACUAAACAGGUAAAGACACCUGGAUCAGACUCCACCUCCGUCUACGAAAACUGGAUUCGCUUCUUCAACCGGAGCAGCCCUACCCAUGGAUUGGUGCCAAAUGUGGCCUUCCUGACAGGGUCAGGAAGUGACUAUGCUGCCUUCCUCCACUUCCUGGGCAUCACCUCCAUGGAUAUCGCUUACACCUAUGACAGAAGUAAAACCAAAGCUCGGAUCUACCCUGCAUACCACACGGCCUACGAUACCUUCGAAUACUCUUCUAAAUUCAUAGAUCCAGGGUUUACUAGUCACCAGACAGUGGCGCGGACGGCGGGGAAUGUGCUUCUGCGAUUGGCCGACAGCCUCCUGGUUCCCUUCAACUGCAGCGACUACGCAGAGGGCCUGGAGCAGUAUCUCAGCGUCAGCCUGGAGAACUUCAGCGAUAGCCUGGCAACAAAGGGCAUCUCCCUGGAGCCAUUGAAGAAUGCUGUGGCAAACUUCCGCACAGCAGCCACCAGUCUGAACAAAAUGAUCCGGGAUUCCACCCUCGCCAAGGAGACGCCCCUGAAGGUCCGCAGGAUCAACGAUCAGCUCAUGCUGUUGGAAAGGGCUUUUCUGGAUCCACUGGCUUUCCCUGAGAAAUAUGGCUACAGGCAUGUAAUCUGGGCCUCCAAAUCCUCGCCGGUUCCCACCUUCCCAGGGCUGGCCGAUGCAUUCGCCCGCGCACAGGAGAGCAACCUCCCCACGGACUGGAGCCAGGUGCACAAACACCUGUCCAUCAUCACACAGGCCAUCGAGGGCGCCGCCUACACCCUGGGGGAUGUCAUCUAGGGGGGAGGGGUCUUCCUCUUCACCUGCUGACACACACACACACACACACACACACAUUCUCUAUCUGAACCAUGAUCCUCAAAAACAAUCCCAAUGCACUCAUCAAUUUUCCCAAACUGCAGGGUAAAGACCUAUUAUUGCGAUUGUUCUUCCUGUGUGAAACAGAGCAAUCUCCCUUGUGAAUAUUACAUUUCCUAUACCCUCUGAACCAUGUUCUUUAAUGAGCUGUAAGGGUUAGCCCCAGAAAAGCAAAGCAGAGUCUUUAUAUACAGACUUACACCAGCAGUAUGUCAAAGACUGAAUGUACAAACAGUCUUUGACAUUUGUGAGGUAGUUUUGAUUAAACAGAUUUUUGAAAGUGAAUAUAAAUUAAACAUCAGCAUUUUUUUGGUUUCAUCUAUGAAUUUGGAUAUGUGUAAUAGGAAAGUGCCCCACACUCAUACUGGUUGGGUUUUUAUCCAGUAAUGUGCAGUACUAAUACUUUAUUAAAAGUGUCAUUCAUCCCUAUUUAAAGGGAUGGUUAACAUUGUCAUAAAACUGCAUAAUUUCUCUGGUUCUACCCCUAACAAUAAUGAAAUAUAGUGCCAAUGUAUAUGUUUCACAAUAUAUGAGCAAAUAUACAAAUAAAUUUCAGGUAUUUCAAUAUAUUUAAAAAAAUUAACUUCUGUGAAAUACACAGUAA